AUGAGGCUCUCUACCUUUCUCUUCUCCUCGCUGCUCUCUCUGGCUGUCUCGGCCGCCCCCCGGGGCUCGUCGAAGGUCCCUGAGUUCUUUUCUCAGCGCGUUGUCUUCACGCCGCCGUCGAACUACACCGACCCUCGCACUCUGUACGCUCGCACCGCCGAGUUCGAGAACGGCAACCUUCUCGCAACGUGGGAGAACUACAGCCCUGAGGGAACCGACCCCAAGUCCAAGGUCUACUUCCCCAUCUACAAGUCGACCGACGGUGGAUACAACUGGAAGGAGAUUUCGCGCGUGUACGACCAGGCACAGCCCCAAAACGGACUCCGCUACCAGCCCUUCCUCUACGUCCUCCCCAAGAAGUUCGCUGGAUGGCCUGCUGGUACCGUUCUGCUUUCCGGAAGCUCGAUUCCCACCGACCUUUCCACCACCCAGAUUGAGCUUUACGUCUCGACCGACAAGGGUUAUACAUGGAAGUUUGUCUCGCACAUCGCUGCCGGUGGCGAGGCCGUCCCCAACAACGGUCUCACUCCUGUCUGGGAGCCCUUCCUGAUGCUACAUCAGAACAAGCUUAUCUGCUACUACUCUGACCAGCGCGACAACGCCACCUACGGCCAGAAGAUGGUUCACCAGACCACAACCGACGGCAAGAACUGGGGUCCAGUUGUCAACGACAUCAGGCACUCCAGGUACACCGACCGCCCUGGCAUGCCUACCGUCACUCUCCUGCCCAACGGCAAGUACCUCAUGACGUACGAGUACGGCGGCGGCCCAACCAACAGCUCGAGCUAUAAGUUUCCCCUAUUCUACCGUCUUUCCGAGGACCCCGAGAAGUUUGACUCUGCCGAGGACCACCAGCUCAUCACCACCGACGGUACUAUCCCCGAGGGCUCCCCUUACAACGUCUGGACUCCAAUUGGUGGCAAGAAUGGAACCAUCAUCGUCAGCUCCGGCACCAACGGUGAUAUUUACAUCAACAGGGGGCUUGGAGAGGCCGGCACUCCUUGGAUCAGGGUUGCGACUCCUGAGAAGCAGCACUACACUCGCCACCUCCGGGUGCUGAAGAACUCCAAGAAGCUGCUCAUCAUGGGUGGCGGUGUCCUUCCUCCUACCACGACGAACAAGGUGCAGCUGUCUGUUAUUGACAUCACCGCGUUCCCUAAGGCUUAG